AGUAGAAUCAAAGGAUCAGUGUGCUGCUGACUUAGUUCGUUGGUCUCUCUCCCUCUCAGCCUCCCUCUCUCUCUCUCGCUCUCAGGCUUUCAUUCCAUCACACAGCUCCAACGCCCUGCGCUAAUCAUGGAUCAUUUCCUCGGAACAUGGCUACUGAAGACGAGCGAGAACUUUGAUGAAUACAUGAAGGAGCUCGGGGUGGGCUUCGCCACGCGGAAGAUAGGGAACACAACUAAGCCCACCCUCAUCAUCGCUGCGGACGGUGACAAGAUCCAGGUCAAGACCCAGAGCUUGUUAAAGAGCACCGAGAUCAACUUCAAACUGGGCGAGGAGUUUGAUGAGACCACAGCCGAUGACCGCAAGGUCAAGUCUGUGGUGACGUUGGAUGACGGAAAGCUUGUGCACGUGCAGAAGUGGGAUUCUAAGGAGACAUCCCUGGUGAGGACAGUCGAUGGAAACAAACUCACACUGACUCUGACUUUUGGUAACACUGUGAGCACACGCCACUAUGAGAAGGCUGAAUGAAAGAUCCUGGAGCCCUAACCCUCCCCUGCCCCUCAGCCAUCAGAGGACAAGGUCCCGUCCUUGGGUCCAACACUCUGCUAUGGGUGUCCUCUUCCCUCCCCACCCCAAACUCUUUUUACUGCCACCUUCUGUCUGAACACUGAAUAAAUACUAAAUACAAACUCUC